AUGGCACCGAAGAAGGGCGAGAAGAAGAAGGGGCGCUCUGCCAUCAACGAGGUGGUGACCCGCGAGUACACCAUCAACGUCCACAAGCGCAUCCACGGCAUCUCCUUCAAGAGGAGGGCUCCUCGCGCGCUGAAGGAGAUCCGCAAGUUUGCUGUGAAGGAGAUGGGCACGCCUGACGUCCGCAUCGACACCCGUCUCAACAAGGCCGUGUGGGCCAAAGGUGUCCGGUGAGUGAGUCUGGUCCCGGUGGCUUCAGCAGAUCUG